GUAAUUUUUACCUUACCGAAUUCUGCAGCUGAAUGAAAUAAGCGGCCAAGACUUCGAUAUGACCUAUAAUUAGUAUAUUCCAGCGCAUUCAUUUUUAUGAUCUUUGGUGGAAUUGGAAUAUAUACGUUCCUACCUAGGAAAAUUUCUUUCAAGCUGGCAACCAUGUGGAAUAUUUACAGUAUGGCGGCGACUGAUGAAAGGAACUUUCGGUCCUUGUAUUACGAGAAAGUUGGCUUUAGGAAUGUAGAAGAAAAGAAAUCUCUUGAAAUUCUCCUAAAAGAUAAACCUCUAGACCGGGGGAAACUCAAGCAAUUUUGUCUACGCUUCUCAGUACCUGCUACAUAUCGAAAUUUGGUAUGGAAAAUAUUACUAGGUGUCAUCCCAGUUCACGUAGAUUGCCAUGAAUUUAUUAUGGAUCAAAGAGAGCAAGAAUACAAUGAUUUACUCAGAGCGCUGAAUGUUAUGAGGAUCAUAGACCAAAACACUCCAAAAACCCAAGUAUUUCUUGCCAUGUGGCUGCUACAGACUGAUAAUCUCACGUAUGACUUGAACCUUUCAGCUGAACAUGGAUUUUUGCCCAUCGUCCAAUCUUUUAUGCAAUUCUUUGACAACAGCUCUGAUGUGUACUGGAUGGCAAAAAAGUUUUAUGAUAAUGUACGCAAAUUUCAAGCUGAUGUGCCAAUAUUGGUUGAAAGAACUCACAUUCUAUUGGAGAAGGAAGAUUCGGCAUAUUACAAAAGUUUGGUCAGAAAUGGAAUUUUGGACAAUUUGCCAUUAAAUAAAUGGUUUGAUUGCUGUUUUGCAGGGAUAUUGAAUGAUUCUGCUUUGGCGAAGUAUUUGAAAUCUUGGAGGAUUUUCCAAGGAUCUAAAUAUGUUUUGAUUUCAGGAUAUGGGACAAAAUAUGCGGAGGUUCAAAUAAAAUAUUGGUGUAUGUUGCUGUUAUAUUGGUCACAAACCUAAAACAUCGUCUUUUGAAAUGUACAAAUAAUAAAGAUCUUCAACAGUGUGUGAAAAAUAUCACAGAAGAGACAGCUGAGGUUAUUGUGAAUAAGUCUAUAGAAUUAUGGCAACAAUUUAACAGUCCCUUGACAAUACAUGAUAAACCCAAACCAUAAAUUGCUGUAUCGGACUCUUUUGCAGCUAGAAUAGGUUUUUGUCAAUUAUAUUUGACAUGAAAUAUAAUAAGUUUUUCAAAUUUGAAUUCCUCUUAACAUACUGUUUUAUC